GAUGGAGCUAAACUGGACAUGCUUUUUUCUCUGCCAUUAGAGAUUUUGGGACCGCCUUGUGUCUCCCGGACGCAACGCUAUGUGACGGAGCGGAGCAUGUCCAACAGCGCGCCAUCCCCACAGUCCAACGGCUGCUUCUCCAACCUGAAAGUCAGGUAGACCAAUGCUCCUGGAGAACAAAGAGGUCAUCUUCGUGGCUCCCUUUCUGAUACCUUCUGGCUACCAGCUUCCCUUUAUUCAGCCCUGAAGAUAUGAACCACAUGACCCGCCAUGCGCCAAGUCAGAACCGAAGGCCAUGGGACGAACCGCUGGGACGAUCUAUCUGUGGCGUCACUGUGCAGCAGUCCAGUUUUAACAUCACAACGUCCACAAAUACCGUUGUCCAAGCGACUUGAAUAAACAGAGAGGUUCAUGCCUCGCUCUCAGCAACAAGUUUCUCUGGACACAUCGCAUCUUUACAGCAUGAACAUUUGUCAUCUGCCACCACAUAUAUCCAAGAGACGAAAAAACUAAUGACAUGAAACUAUGAGCUGUCAUCGGCCGACUCGUGGUCGCUGAAGAUCGGACGCCCCGCGCCGCCCGAUAACCCGACAGGGGUAACAGGCACGCUGUUCCUGUUCCAGCUUGACAGCACCUCCCUCGGCACCCAUUCCAGGUUCUCAACCACGCGUUUCCGGAAAUUCGCCGGACGAGGACACGAGAGGAAAACUUGUAAAUAGCUGCUUAUCCCCACCUGGACUUUGUUUGCACCUUUUGCCAGGGCAUCUUUUAGGACAAGUCCUAUGCCAAGACAUAAAAAGUGAUGGCCCAACGUCAACGAUUCCUCAACUAUCCGGAGCCCUUGAAGGGUCCCGAUGUACCAUACGAAAAUGAAAGAGGCAGCAACCCAGCCAUCAGCGGCGUGUUUCUUAUGAUAGCUGCAAAUCUUAUGGAAUGGUUCCGAUUGCUGAGAGAACUGAUAUGGAACAACACCGGAUUCGGCUCAUUGAGAAAGAUUAUCCCAUACAUUGAGGAGUAUGAGCCAUGGUUCGAACCACAGAUUGUACCAUUACCAGAAGAAGUCGACAAGGAGCCACUGCAGAACGGGCCAGCAGAAGAAGACACCAAACCCGAUGCUGCCGUAUUCUAUCCGGAAGCAAAGUACUACUCCGUUGAAGACUACCGCAAGUUGUAUCUCUCCGGCGCCAUCACCCCUCUCGAUGUGGCCGAGGCUCUGCUGCCACUAAUCUGCCGAGAUAUUCAAAACGCCUCGGAACACUCCAUCGCCUUUUUCCAAGUCCGAACCGAACGGGUUCUUGCCUCAGCCCGGGAAUCGACUCUUCGCUACAAAGAAGGCCGGUCUCUUGGGCCCCUCGACGGUGUUCCCACAGCCGUAAAGGAUGAGUACGACAUGGAAGGCUACUCCACCACCCUCGGCUCCCCGAAUGUCUACGCCGAUUCUUCCACCAACAAGACCACCUCCUGGUGUGUCCAGCAAAUCGAAGCUGCUGGUGCUCUGAUUCUCGGCAAACUCUCCAUGCACGAAUUCGGCCUCGACACCACAGGCAACAACCCCCAUUACGGCACUCCGCGAAAUCCCCACAACCCCAAUUACUACACCGGCGGCUCCUCCUCCGGCACAGCCUACGCCGUCGCCGCAGGUCUCAUCCCCAUCGGUCUCGGCUCCGACGGCGGAGGCUCCAUCCGCAUCCCAUCCUCCCUCUGCGGUGUCUACGGCCUCAAACCCACCCACGGCCGUCUUUCCUUCCGCCCCGGCCCCAACCACUGCGUCACCUGUGCUUGUCUCGGCCCCAUCGCAGCGGAUAUGUCCUCCCUCGCCGCUUUGUUUUCCGUCAUUUCAACCCCGCAUUCAUCCUCCCCUUUCCCACCUCUGCCCUCUCCGUUGAAAAUCCAACUCCCGACGCCUGAUGACGCAAAAGUGUUGGGAAUCCCUCAGGCGUGGAUAUCCCAAGCCACACCCGCGAUCCAAACCCUAGUCAACACCCUCAUCCGCACUUUGGUGUCCAAACACGGGUACACCACUGUUCCCGUCACCAUCCCAUUUUUACAAGAAGGGCAAAUCGCACACGCCAUGACCGUCCUAACAGACGCGGCUACUUUGUUACCGGAGUAUAAAAACCUCACCUACGCCAAUAGGAUCCUCUUGGCGCUUGGGCGAACAACCCCGGCAACGGAUUACAUGCUCGCGCAAAAACUUCGAAGGUUGCUGAUGCAGCAUUUGGCGUGGUUGUGGGAACAGCACCCGGGUAUGAUUAUUGUCACUCCGACGACGGCGUGUGAGGGGUGGGAGAUUAGGGGUGGGACGGGGGAGUUGAGGUAUGGGUUGAAUGAUGGGGAUAGGACGAUGCAGAGUAUGGAGUUUGUGUGGUUGGGGAAUUUUUGUGGGUUGCCGAGCUUGAGCUGUCCGGUUGGGUUUGUGCAAGGGAAGGGGGGGGAGGUACCGGUGGGGGGUUAUGGCUACGGGGGAGUGGUGUUCGGAGGGAGUUGA